UUUGCAACCCACAUUCGCAGUUGAGCCUGCUUGACAGUUGUGUGACGUAGGGUGAUAAUUGGUCUAUUGUCCGGUGAGCUGUGAUUGGAAUACGGGACUGGAGCUGUCCCUAACGGGACAAAUCAAAAUCACCCAUAAUUAGGGUUGUCCCGGACAAUUCGGGACGGUUGGCAACCCUACUUUCAGCUAAUAUGACAAAGUGUGUCUCAAUAACAUCACCGUAUCAGUACCAUUUACCAGAUGACAUAAUACAGGAUGCGCAUAUGGUUCAAAUUUGUGUACUACGUUCUGAUAGGCUACUGUUCAAGAGUUGUGAAACAUCUGUGUUCUGAUAGGUCAUACGCAUCCCUUCGGACCCCACAUUUUACGUCCGUAAACAUUACAUAACAGUGCUUCUAUUUUUUGCUUUCAAUGUUUAAACCUCGCCCUUCAUCGGUUUUAACGUCAAACGCAGUUGUAGAAACGCAUAGUCUGUGAAAAAUAGGCCUACGCAAUUUGGUCCUUUUAGCAGCACAGCAUAUGAAUUGCAUUGCAUAGGGAUUACGUUUAAACCUGAGAACUCUCAAAUUAUUGAUACAGUAUCACUGCACAGACUCAGUAAUGGGCAUCUGGGCCAUUUUCGUUUUGGGAACGGGCCUACUCCUGGUCCAAGUGGCAAAAUGCAAACGAGGCACGGACCGUUGCGAGCCCGUGGCGGUGGAUUUUUGUCAAGACGUGAGCUACAAGACCCGUCAUCCAACUGGAAAGAAACAGUACAACCUUGAUCUGCUUCGCCAGAUUGUGGACAUGGGCUGCUCUGCGGAGACCACAACAUUCCUAUGCCAUGUUGUUUCUCCUAAGUGUGUCGAUUCUACCAAGCCACCAACUCCACACCCGUGUCAAGAGCUGUGUAAGAGAGUGAGGCGUGACUGCCAGCCUGUCCUGGAAGGUAAAGGUCUAACCUGGCCAGAAGAUCUUAAUUGUGAGCAAUACCCAGAACGAUCAUGUUUCAAUAGUCAAGGGUCUGUCCCCACAGCUCCUACAGAAACGUGUGAGCCCAUCACCGUUCCUUAUUGCAAAAACCUACAAUACUCACACACUAAGAGACCAAACAUACUUCCUCAGCCGGAAAUGGCAGGAAAAUGCUGCUCUUGAGAUGCACCAAUAUCAGCCACUUGUGACAGUCAAGUGUUCUCCAACACUCCAGCUAUUCCUUUGCUCUGUCUAUACCCCUGUCUGUGUGUCGGGAAGAUCACUGCCACCAUGUAAGGCUCUCUGUGAGGAAGCCAAAGCGGGCUGUGAAAGUCUUAUGAACAAGUUUGGCAUCGACUGGCCUAGUCAACUGGAGUGUGAUUCAUUUACAAAUGAAUCCUGUGAACAUCUUGGUGUGGUCAGCAUUCCUGCACAACAGGAGCCCUGCGAGCUAAUCACAGUUCCAAUGUGCCAAAACCUGUCCUACAAUCAGACAACCAUGCCAAACACUCUUGGACACAAAAGUCAAAGCGAAGUGACUGUUCAGAUUGCCGCUUUAGAGCCUUUAGUGAAAAGUGUCUGUUCAGCCGAGCUACGCUUCUUCCUAUGCUCUGUCCAUACCCCUCAGUGUGUGGAAGGUGUAGCACAGCGUCCUUGCAGAUCUCUCUGUGAGCGUGUCAGACAGCAGUGUCAGAGUCUGUUGGAAAAACCUGGCAUGUCAUGGCCGCAUCAACUGACCUGUGACUCCUUUCCUGAGAAGUCAUGUAUAAGUGAAGACAGCAAAACUGAGGAACUCACAGCCGAAGAAGUCCUUGCCAAGCUGAAUAAGCUUGGCUAUUACGUCAGGGAUCAAGGAAUAAGUCUUCAGACUGCCCGUACAUUUUUGGCUUUUAUGGAUAAAGAUAAAUCGGGUAAACUGGAUGUAGCAGAGUUUUCCAAGCUGGAACAUUAUGUGUCAACUAUUAAGACGGAAUGCAUAGACUCUUAUGAGUUGAAGAAUCCUGGUUUUGUCACUAAACUGCAAAUGAAAAAUGCCCUUACUGUCCGUGACUUUAUCCUGGAUGAUGAAACCUUCAAGGCGUUGUGGGACAGAUACACUACAGGUGACGGGAUUAGAUAUGACGACUUUAUGGCCAUUCUGACCAAACUCAAGAUUUUAAAAGAUGGCUUCAAAUCCAAUCUUCUCAGUCUGCCAUGUGAGUGUGAGGUUGCUAGCUUCCAAUUCAAUCGGUUCAUUCAGGUUACUUUGGUGUGAACCAGGCUGGGAUGCAAGCUUUUUCCUCAAACGUUUCAAGUUUGGAUGGCAAUGAAAAUUACACUUACGAAAUGCGCUGGGUGGUACGUCUUAGGAGGUCUCGUUAAAGGAUGAUUGUCAAAGUGAAACAAUUGUGAGUGAAAAGAUUCACAAUCAUUAACAUCAAACCAAUUAUGUCAAAGUUAUAAGCUACUGCCGAAAAUGCUGAUUGAUCAUUUUUGAUGAGAAACACAAAACCUUUUCAUGGAGCAAGAUCAAUGUAUGCUCCUGUGUACUGGGUGGAGUGUUUAAAGCUAUCUAAUGACAAUGAAAACAUUACUAUUCUAUAUUAACUGUAAUAUCAUGUUCUCAAACCUACACAUAACAUAUCAAAACUAACUCCUUAUAUCAAAACUAACUCCUUCCAAUAAAACAAGAAUAUGUUUGCACUCGUUUGUCAAAUUCUCUUGUGGAAGUAUUUUAGUAUUGACAUGGUAUACACUUUACAUUUCUUUGAAUUACAAGUUAGCCUUUUGACCUGCUAGUGUACACUUGAAUUGCUUGUUGCUUUGGAAAUAUUCCUUUUCCCCAUCACUAGUGUACAGUUUGUGUGUACAGCAUUUCCUAGGCUAGGCAAUGCAUGUAUGUAUCGGCGAUGGGUGGUGGACUCAAAAGCACAACACUUGUGGUUCACAGAAAGAUACAAAAGAUGAGGCUGGAACGAUUGACUCUAAAGUACAAACACGAACUAGCAACAAGAGAGAGAAACACAAGAGCUAUAUACACAGGGGCUUGAUUGGCAACAGGUGAUGUUGAUCAGGGCCGUGGCGGUUAAUCACACAGGUAGGGGACACUGAAACGAGAGGAGAGAUGAGCACAUGCACAAAAACAAAACCUCCGGGAACCUUGAAACUGCACUGCAAACUCAGCACACAAAACCCCUUAAGACCCUUAUAUUAAUGCAUAUACAACUACCAUGGUUUGAAACAAUGCACAUUGUUUUGUAUUAAUCUUUGUAAACAUUUUUUACAUCCUGUUCCUUUUAGUAGUAUCUAAAAGCGCUUUUUUCAUGUACUGUAUCUACAUCUCAAGCAAUUCAGUGCCCCAUAACAUAGACUUAAUGCUAUCCCUGUAGUUAAAAAUUGUGUGA